AUGAAGGGCCACUCUGUGGCAGCUGGCGCCGUGCUGGCUGCGACUGUCAACGCUGCGACUCCCGAAGGCGUUGUGCAGUGGAACAUUGGCAAGCGCCAACCACAUCCGCGAGCGAUUCGCCGGUCCGUUACCAACACGGACCAGAUUACCAUCAGCAACAACGUCUCCUCGGGCGGCUACUUUGCCGAGUGCGAGGUCGGCACGCCAGCUCAGACGCUCACAUUGCAGCUCGACACGGGCAGCAGUGAUACGUGGUUGCCGGCAAGCAAUGCGUCUGUCUGUUCGACAAGCCGUCAUAGCACCAGCAGUGGCUGUAGCCUGGGCUCAUUCGACUCCUCUUCCUCAUCGACCUUUAGUAUUGUGAACUCGGACUUUAGCAUACAGUAUGUAGACGGCAGCGAGUCGGUCGGCGACUACUUUACCGACGUGUUCGUCAUUGGCGGCAGUACUAUAUCCAAUCUCACAAUGGGCCUGGGCCUGACGACGGACAUCUCCUUUGGCCUGGUGGGCGUAGGAUAUGCGUCAAAUGAGGCCAUUGUGGGCACAGAAGACUCGUUCUCGGCCGAGUACGCCAACCUGCCGGUAGCCCUCGUCAACUCGGGCAUCAUCAAGUCUAGGGCGUACAGUCUGUGGCUCAACGACCUCGAUGCCAGCACCGGGAACAUCCUCUUUGGCGGGAUCGACACGGAGAAAUACGACGGCGAGCUGACGAGUAUCGACAUUUACAAAGACUCGUCAUCGGAGACGUUCACGUCGUUCAUUGUGGCGCUGACGUCGGUCAACGCGUCGAGCUCGAGCGGCACAGACCUGCUGACGUCGCGUGAGUUCCCGAUCAGCGUGGUGUUGGACUCGGGCACGACGCUCUCGUACGUGCCCAACGACCUGGCCGCACAGAUCUGGACAGAGGUGGGCGCGGUGUACAGCAGCGAUGUCGGGGCGGCGGUGAUUCCGUGCAGCAAGGCCGGGGGCGACGGGGUGCUGUCGUUUGGCUUUGCCGGGCCGGGCGGCCCUGUGAUCAACGUGACGAUGGACGAGCUCGUUCUGGGCAUCGGCUCGGCCACCUUCACGUCGGGCGAGUACAAGGGCGAGACGGCGUGUGAGUUCGGGAUCCAGAACAUGACGGGCGACCCGUAUAUGCUGGGCGACACGUUCUUGCGGUCGGCCUACGUGGUGUACGACCUGGUCAACAACCAGAUCGGGAUUGCGCCUACCAAGUUCAACGCCACGGCCACCAACAUCGUGGCGUUUACCAGCUCGGGCGCGGCGAUCCCGUCGGCCACGACGGCACCACACCAAGACCAGGUGACCAGCGCGACAUCGUACACGACGCCGGGUUAUGCGGCCUCGUCCGGCUUUUCGUCCUCGGACAGCAGCAGCAGCUCUUCCAAGAACAGCGGGGCAUCCUCGCUGGUGACGCGGGAUGCGCUCCGUGUCGCUCUUACAGGCACGGCCAUGUUUCUGACCGGCGGUUUGCUGAUGCUAUAG